CAUGUUCCAACUUAGCUAUGGGAAUGAGCAAAGCUCGGUCAGAGGGCGGAGAGAGCACAUUCACGCCUUCUCUCCACAGUGAAAUCCCGCGAGAUAUGCCGUGUCUGUGUCGGUGUGAAGUUGCUUACAGACUUGCCACCAUACCAUUGAUCUGUCAGAAGCGGAUACCAGAUAUUGCGCCACCAGCCUCGCCGGGAAGGUGUCGUCAGUGAAGACUGCACUUAGUAAUGUUGUAGUAAUAUCGUGAAGCACGUCAAUUUAGUCACCUAAUUUAUUGAAUGGAUCGGGCAUAGCUGUGCCGCAGGUACUCUCUGUGCUUCUCUUCCCGAUCGGAUCGGAAUUCGGCUUCUAUAGGAAUUUGCGAUCGAGUGUAAGUAUAUAUAUCCCAUCGCAUUACCGUUUCUCAAGAUAUUAUCUCUCCAAACACAGAAGUAUAUUCCAUCAAGUCACUUACAAUUCAUCUCCUCUACCUCUACCAAAGAUUUAUACCACUUCCACACUCUCACUUCUAUCUCAAAAUAUGGCCCCAGUAAAGGUCAUCAAAAACGUCGCCCUCGCCGGCGCAAGCGGUAACCUUGGCCCCGCCGUCCUCAAAGCCCUCUUAUCCUCGAACCUCUUCUCUAUCACUGUCCUCACGCGCCCCUCCUCUACGCACCAGUUUCCCUCCAAUGUCACCGUCCUCCCAGUCGACUACUCGUCAUCCGCCUCCCUAACCACGGCCCUCACCGGCCAAGACGCCGUCAUUGUCCUCUUCGGCGCAGAGCAAGCGCCCCUCCAGCUCCCCCUCCUCGAUGCCGCUAUCGCCGCUGGCGUCACCCGUUUCAUCCCCUCGGACUUUGGCUCCGACACGCACAACGAGAAAGUCAAGGGCCUUCCCGUCUACGCUAAGAAGAUCGAGGUCCAGAAUGCGGUUGCGGAGCGCGCGGCGAAGGGUCUGAUUGAGUACACGCAGGUCAUCAAUGGGCCGUUCCUGGAUUGGGGGUUUACGAACGGCUUCCUCGCUGACCUGGGGAAGAAGACGGUGCAGCUUAUUGAUGGCGGGGAUACCGUGAUCAGCGGGACGACGAGGGAUCAUAUUGGUACGGCGGUGGUGGGCGUGUUGACGCAUUUGGAGGAGACGAAGAAUCGCGCGGUGUAUGUGAAGAACUCCGAUAUCACGCAGAAUGAGGCUGUUGAGAUUGGGAAGAAGUUGGUGGGCAGGGAGGGGUGGGUCGAGACGCAUGUGAAGAGUGCGGAUUUGGAGGCGGAGGCUUGGGCGGAUCUGAAGGCGCAGAAGUUUGAUGGGGGGCUGUGGAUUAAGUUUAUUUAUAAGGCGAUCUUUGGGGAUGGGUAUGGAGGGAGUUAUGAGGGGAAGGAUAAUGCACUGCUAGGAGUCCCUGCGUUCAGUAAGGAAGACCUGGAGAAGGCUAUUAAGGCCGCGGUGGGAGAGAGUGCAGGCCAGUAGGUUUACACGCGGGCAGGUGUGAAACAUGGGUUGCUAUUGUCUUUCAUAGUGGAAAGCUAGAUGGAUCACUGGAAAUUAGACAGGCCUACAAUUCACUUGAACGACU